AUGAAUGAGGGGCUGAUCCAAGAGGCAGAUUUAGAUGAGGAAGAAGAACAUGCUGUUAGAGGGACAAGAUCACUGGCUAAUGAGGAGCUCAGCAUGAUUGAUAAAAACCAAACCUGGAAAUUGGUACCAAGACCUGGAAAAAGGAAAGUAAUUCAGCUGGAUGUCAAAUCGGCAUUCCUAAAUGGGUGGAUUUCAGAGGAGAUUCUUGUGGAGCAACCAGAAGGCUACAAGGUUGAGGGCAAAGAGGAUCAUGUCCUCAGUUACACUAGAAGUCCAAAUGAACACACUCUCUACCUUAGGAAAACUGAAAGGGGAUUGGCUGUGGUCUCUCUCUAUGUUGAUGACUUAUUGGUGACUGGAAGCAAUCCUGAAGAGUUGGACCAGUUUAAAUCAACCAUGCAAACUGAGUUUGAAAUGACAGAUUUAGGAUUGAUGAAAUAUUUCCUAGGCAUGGAGAUAAGUCAGACUGCAGGUGAGAUUUUUGUGUGCCAACAGAGGUAUGCAACCGAGAUUCUCAUGAAGUUUGGAAUGGAGAAUUGUAAACCAGUGGAUACCCCACUGGUUCCCAACCUAAAACUGAGCAAAACUGAUGGUGUAGAGAGGGUGGAUGAAGGGAAAUACAGGAGCUUGGUGGGAGGUUUGUUGUAUUACACAGCCACCAGACCUGACCUUAUGUUCACUGCAAGUUACCUUUCAAGGUUCAUGAGCAACCCAAUUGAACUGCACUUUAAGGCUGCUAAACGUGUGCUGAGGUAUGUAAAAGGAACCAUCAUGUUAGGCAUCUGUUUUAGGAAAGCCAAAAGUCUGAAAUUCUUGGGGUAUACUAAUAGUGACAGGGGUGGAUCCCUGGAUGAUGCAAAAAGCACCUUUGGUUAUGUUUUCUACUUGAAUCAGGGUGUAAUUUGCUGGCUGUCAAGGAAGCAGGAGACUGUGGCACAGUCUACUGCUAAAGCUGAAUAUGUCUUUGCUACAGCAGUAGUGAACCAGGCUAUAUGGCUUAGGAAGAUGCUGGAUGAUUUGCACCAAGUGCAGGGUGGUCCUACAUUAAUCAUGUGUGAUAACCAACUGGCUGUGGCCAUGGAAAAGGACCUUGUACUCCACGAUAGAACUAAGCAUAUCAAGAUCAAAUAUCAUGCAGUAAGGGAAGCUAAACAAUGUGGUGAAGUGAGCUUAAUGCACUAUAGAGGAGAAGAACAAGUUGCUGACAUUAUGACAAAGGCUUUGUGCAAAUCCAAGUUUGAAGCCCUAAGACUAGAACUUGGUGUUUCCAGCUAA